ACAAACAACUUCAACCAAAACUUCAACUCCACAACAUACAAACACAAGAACUCAAUUCUCAUUCCUCUCAAUCGUAAUUAUUCUCCUAGUGCUGUUUGGUGAACAAAGAGUUUGUGUAUAACACCAAAUCGAUUAACAUGGAAGGGUCGGUGAGCUAUGAAAGCCAUGACGAGCAGCUCAACUUCAAGGCAACUGAGCUCAGAUUGGGAUUGCCCGGAAGCGGCAUUGAAGAAUCAGCUGCAUCACCUCCUCCUAGUACUAAGAAGAGGGCUUCACCGGAGCAAGACUCGGCCGAUAAUGAGGAGUGCAGGUCGUCUACUACCGACGAUGAGACACCAGAUUUGACUUCCCGUCCAUCCAAGACACAAGUUGUUGGAUGGCCUCCGAUCAGAUCUUACCGGAAAAACGCUAUGCAAGCGUAUGUGAAAGUAAGCGUAGACGGAGCUCCUUACCUGAGGAAGAUUGAUAUCAAGGUUUACAAGAGCUACCCGGAACUCCUCAAGGCCUUAGAGGAAAUGUUCAAGCUGACUAUUGGUAGCUACUCAGAGAGAGAAGGCUACAAUGGAUCUGAGUUUGCUCCUACUUAUCAAGACAAAGAUGGUGACUGGAUGCUAGUCGGAGAUGUGCCAUGGAGUAUGUUUUCUUCUUCCUGCAAAAGGCUGAGAAUCAUGAAAGGAUCUGAAGCUAGAGGACUGGCUUGUCUCUGAAAGUAACACAAAACUACCAAAGAACAAACACAUUGAGGACGCUCAAGACUCCCUUGUUUGGCUCGAAUUCUCCACCAAGUUUGCCGAGAAUUCGAGAUUUACGACACAAAAACAAAGAAACACAUAUUUAGUUCAGAAUACAGUUUCAUUUUUUCCGUUUCAAACUCAAUAUAUGUUUGUAAGAAAUGCUGAAAGGAAAAAAGAGAAACAUAUAUAGUUGAGAUCCAAUUGUACAGAGGAUUUUACAUGUACGCUCUUUUUCCAAGUUUAUGUAUGAAUAAGAUAUGAUAUAUACACAUCAAUUUUUGUGUAAAUUUCAAAU